GGCCCAGAGGGCCACCACGUGGGCUUCCUCUGCGGGCCUUGAAUCUUCGGCGGGCGUCCAGCGUGGCACUCGGGUGGCUUUGGAGCCGUGGAGAUGCGGAAAGAAACCCCGCCGCCCCUGGCCGUGCCCCCGGCGACGCGCGAAUGGAACCUGCCCCCCAACGCGCCUGCCUGCAUGGAGCGGCAGCUGGAGGUUGCGCGGUACCGGUCGGAUGGAGCGCUUCUGCUCGGGGCCUCCAGCCUGAGUGGCCGCUGCUGGGCCGGCUCCCUCUGGCUUUUCAAGGACCCUUGUGCUGCCCCCAACGAAGGCUUCUGCUCCGCGGGCGUCCAGACCGAGGCGGGAGUGGCUGAUCUCACUUGGGUAGGGGACAGAGGCAUCCUAGUAGCUUCUGAUUCAGGUGCUGUGGAGUUGUGGGAACUAGAUGAGAAUGAGUCUCUCAUUGUCAGCAAGUUCUGCAAGUAUGAGCACGAUGACAUAGUGUCUUCAGUCAGUGCCCUGAGCUCUGGCACUCGGGCCGUCAGUGGUAGCAAAGACUUCUGCAUAAAGGUUUGGGACCUUACCCAGCAGACUGUACAGAAUUCCUACCGGGCUCACUCUGGGGAGGUGACCUGUGUGGCAGCCUCUCCCCACGAAGACUCUAUAUUUCUCUCCUGCAGUGAGGACAAUCGAGUUUUGCUAUGGGAUACACGAUGUCCCAAGCCAGCAUCACAGAUGGAUUGCAGUACCUCUGGCUUCCUUCCCACCUCGUUGGCCUGGCAUCCUCAGCAGAGUGACGUCUUUGUUCUGGGAGAUGAGAGUGGUACCAUCUCCCUCGUGGAGACCAAGAGUGCAAGCUCUGCCGUCAGCAAACCGGUGCACUCCCAGUGUGUUACUGGACUGGUCUUCUCCCCACACAGUGCUCCCCUUUUGGCUUCUGUCAGUGAAGACUGCUCACUUGCUGUGCUGGACUCAGGCCUUGCUGAGGUGUUUAGAAGCCAAGCCCAUAGAGAUUUUGUGCGAGAUGCUACUUGGUCCCCCCUCAAUCACUUCCUCGUGACCACUGUCGGCUGGGACCAUCAGGUUAUCCACCAUGUUGUGCCCGCAGAACCCCAGCCAGCCACUGGACCUGAGAGUGUGGUGGAGUAAAGUGGAUUCAAGACAAGACAGAAUUCCCUGUUCCCUUUGCCCUGUCCUCUCAGUUGGUGGGACAACACAGGAGCCUUAGACACACUGGACAUAUCAGAUCUGUUCUGUGAAUAGGCAUUGUCUCGGCCUGGGAGUGGCUGAUUCUGGGAGCCUGUGGCCCUAAGAAAGGAAAUCUUUCUUGAAGAUAGGUAUAUACUUGUUUCUGGGUAUAUGUACAGACUCAGCUUUCGUUAGUGAUGAGGAAUAAAAAUCCCACACCACAGCUUCCUCAGGGCCUAUUCCCCUGCCUUCGACCCCCCGCUAAGAAGUUCACAAAAGGGAUUUAUGCUUCCCAGCUGGCUCUGUGCAUGAGGAAUUGAUCGGUCAUGUAUGGGUGAGGUUGGGAAGUGGGUAUCCCUGGAUUCUUAGAAGCAGUGUGUUUACUAUUCUUAUAGCUGGGGGCAACUUUUUUCCGCCCUAAUAACACUCCACUCACUUUUUUCACGGGCAGUGCUUUGUUCACAGAACCCCUGUCCCACCCCACUGGGUAAGAGCUGGGACACAUAGUUUUGCAUAUUCCCUUGCCAUUAAACUGAGUAAGAAAUACAUUUUCAGGCUGAAUGCAAAGUUUGGUGCUGUGUGGUGCCCACACCUGCAAACCCCUCCCCCUUCCUGCCUAUAUCCAGCUGUUUAUGUGAGAAGUGUUUUUAUGUUUGAUGCCACAGAAAAAAAGUUUGGAUUGUUGAAGAGCUUGCAGGCAUUUCAGUUAACCGACAGGCGGAGAGAUGCCUGCCGUUGGUCACCCUGCAAACAGGCUGGACCCUCACCUCGUGUUCGGCCCUCUUCUCUAGGGACUGGAAGUCUGAUAUUGUAUUUGUGGACUCUGAAACUGCAACAUCAGAGAAUCAAAUACUGGUUGGUGAAAUAAAAAGUUUAGGCUUUGUUGGCCUGUCUUGAAA